UCAUUAUGCCUUGAAAAGGAACAAUAUAUGGAAAAGGAAUAGUUUUAUAGAGGACUUUUUGAUGCACAAAAGUUGCCUUUUCUUUUCAGUUUACAUUUAGUUGCCAUUAAUUUCCUGAAAACCUUAUGUUUGCUUUAUCAACCACUCUUGACUCGUGAUAGAGAAAGUUUGAGGAGAUGGGAUUGGGGGAGAUGGAAAAGGGGAAAAGCAAGUGGGGCUGAUUGCAGCCUGUCUUUUCCCUGAAAACCAGGGACAAUUCUCUUUUAUUCUUUUUCUUUUUUCGUAGCUCUUGUAUUGUGUUGUAGUUUGGCUUCUCCUCCACUGCUCUGCAGUCUUGGGCACAUGUAAAAGCAGCCAUGCUUUUGAUAUUUCACGUUCUUCUUCAUAACCUUAUAGCCUCCAUCCAUCUUACAUAUUACAAUUUUAUGAUUUGGUGAUGGCUCCAUGAUGUUCUAUAAGAACUGCUGCUCUCUUGAGUUCAGUGUCCCCCCCACUUUCAAUACUGAUGAUCUAAGAUAAGCCCUCAUCCUGUUUGACUUUCUUCUGCAAGACUCUUUGUACUCAAAGGAGAAGGACCAUUGUUUUGAAUGAUGGAUGAGAAACAGGUCUCCAACACACUAACAUUUAUCUCAGAAGAGAAGAUUGACAGUUUAUCUCCCAUGUAUUUCGGUGUUUCUUGCGCAUUCUUUGCUCUUCGACUAUUGUCAAUAUCGGAUUGCAUAGACGAAAAAUGGUGUGAAGUUCGGGAAAAGAUGCUUCAAGGAAGUGCCCAGCUCCUGGGAUUGUUAAUAUGGAGUGCUCAGAGAGAAGUGGAUUGGCAAACACCCGAUCUUCUUCAUAAGCUCAAGGCUGCUGAGAGAGAGAUAGCAGAGUUGAAAAGAAUCAGACAUGAAGAUGCCAAAGCUAAUGAAAAAGUUGUUUGCAUUUUCGCUGCUCAAGAGCAACGGUGGUUGAUUGAAAGGAAGAAGCUUCGCCAACACAUUGGAGCUCUAAUGCAUGAUGUGAGGGUUCUGGAAAAGAAGGAGGAACUUAUUUCUGAACUGAACGAAAAAUUGAAGGAGAUGGAGACGGCACUGGAGUCUAAGGAGAAGACAAUAGAGGAAGAGAUUAAAAAAGGAAUUGAGUUGGAAGAAAAACUGUCCAAGGUUGAAAAUGUAGUAGAAGAAUUGAGAGAGACAGCUAAACGGGAGGCCCAAGAGCAUUCCUCUGAGCUUUGGAAGCACAAAUCCGCGUUCAUCGAGCUGGUCUCAAACCAAAGGCAACUUGAAGCUGAUAUGGGGCGAGCAGUUAGAGAAGUUGAAGCAUCAAAAGAUGAGCUUGAUUCAGUUUUAGAGCAAAAGGAGGAGUCGGUAAUAUUGGUACAGAAACUAUCAGCUGAGAUUGUUAAGAUGCGCAAGGAUUUAGAACAGAAAGACAAGAUACUAUCAGCAAUGCUGAGAAAAUCCAAGCUGGAUACGGCACACAAGCAAAUGCUCCUUAAGGAGAUUAAGUUAUCCAAAGCUAAGAGAAAGCAAGCAGAAUUAGAAGCUGAAAGAUGGAAGACAAUUUUAGAAUCUAGACAUGAAAGACAAUCACUAAGAAGUGUGUUAUCCAAUCAGGACAAUUCAGGAUAUGAUGUUCCUGCGAGUUCUGGGGGCAAGUAUUCAAAUACAAGCGGGCUCUCAAAUAAUGGGAAGACAAUAUUGAAGCCAACUGAUAUUUAUAUUGACUACAAUCACCCCCUUUCUGAAUGUCUUUCCCCUGAAAAAAGUGAUGACUCAGUCUCAGGGAGAAUGAUUGAUGUCAAGCAGAUGGAAGAGUUGGUAUGUUCUGAGGCAGAAAAGUAUGUGUUAAUACUUCAGCAGAGACAUGACCUAGAAAUCGAUGCAUUUGCAGAACAAAUGGGGAUGAAAGAUGAAAAGUUAGAAGUUUUCCAUUGGCAGAUGCUCAGCUUGGAACUUGAAUCCAAGCGGCUUCAGUCACAUCUUGCUGGACAGAAUCAAGAGAUCCUGCAGCUUAGACAUAGGAAUAUGAAAUUAAAAGCUCUGUCAAUGGAGAGAGAAGAGGAAUUAGCUUCCCUGAAAGGCCAAUUGGCAUCACAGUUUAGCUCUCAAGGGUACCAGGCGACAAAAUGGGAUCUGCUAGAUGAAGACAACGGCACUUGGUCUGAUGUCAAGGUUAUAAAGAUACAAUCGGGAGAAGAAGAGCAACAGAGAGAUAAAGAUUCUAUUGGGACGAUAAGAGACGAUGCUAUUGAGAGAGAAGAGAUUGCUUGUUCAAACCUUGUUGAGAACAGAAAUCCAUUGAUACAAUCUCCAGGAACUGAGUUUGAAGAUGAGAAAGAAAUUGCUUGUCACAGUCCCAUUCAAGAAGCUAACACAAGCAGUCCACAGGAGGUUGAUAAUGCCGAACAGUUGGCAUCAAUAGGACAGCAGUUUGGAAGAACUUAUAGUGUCCAAUGGAGGAUGGAUAUCCAUGCUCUAGGAGUGUCUUACAAAAUCAAAAGGCUAAAACAGCAAUUUCUUUUGCUUGAGAAGCUCAUCGGAAAACGAGAAACUGGUCGGAAUUCUGAAAAUGAGGAUAAUGGACAAGUUAUCAUUAGAGAAUUUCUUUUGUUUCUGACACUGCUGAAUAAACAAGUGAGCAGAUACAAUUCUCUGCAGGAGAAGAAUGAUGAACUCUGCCAAAGGAUGCAUGAUUAUGAGGCGAGUGUAAAAUGUGGAGAGUCUAAAGUAGUUAGAACGAAAGGGAAAACCAAAGCGUUGGAAAGCUUCCUUGAACAGACAUUUCAGCUACAAAGAUAUGUUGUCUUAACGGGACAGAAAUUGAUGGACAUUCAAACCAAGAUCAGCCCGGAAUUUGCCAAGGUCGCUGACGAACUUCAAAAGUCUGGUAGCUUUGACAUUAAGCUCUUUGCCAGUAGUGUUAAUACUCUCUUCCAAGAAGUGCAAAGAGGUCUAGAAGUUCGAAUAACUCGAAUUAUUGGAGAUCUAGAAGGAACCUUGGCGUGUGAGGGUAUGAUCCGUCUAAGUAGGUAGUUGUGAAACUGAAUCUUAAUCAAUAAAGUUGAAUAGUCAUGUAUGA